GGGUGUGUGUCAGGCUCGGCCCCGCGGCCCCGCCGGCUCCGCGUCGCCGUAGCUCGCGCGGCCCCGGGGCGCCGGCCGGGCGGGGAGAGGGGCUCGGCGCCUGCGAGGGGCUCCCGUUCCAUCCGGGCCCGGCGCGCGGCGCCGCGGCAUUCCUUCCGGGCUGCCGGGGAGGCGCCUCGACGUUCCAUCUGGAGAGCCUCGACGUUCCGCCCGAGCCCGGCGCGGGCGGCCGGGGCGCUGGCCGGGCCCUGGGACUGAGAGGCCGCCCGGCGACGCGGAUGCGGAGCCUGCUCGCCCGAGAUCAAAGCCACCGGUGCUCUCUUUGUGUCCGCUCGGGAUUCGCCGCCCUGGGGCUGUCCGUGGAAACCUAGACUGCUGGACCCCGAGGCAGAGAACCCCUUUUGGCUUCUGGCGUUUUUCGGGCCGAAGGGUGGCCACUCCGACCUGGAUUUACCGUUCUUGGCCCCCCUAAGCCCCCCCGUGUGGGGGGCGGCUGUGAUCGCUCUGGCGGUUGGAGGUCGGGGAGCGGCCCGGGCUCUGGCCAUGUUCUCGGAUGAAGAUUUCUGGAUCGCCCUGUGAAGAGGUCUCCCCGAGAGGGCCCUGCCCAGUCGGAGAGAGGGAUGGACAGCCAGAAGCCGCCUGGUGAAGAUAAAGAUUCAGAACCGGCAGCUGAUGGACCUGCAGCCUCUGAGGAGCCAGGUGCCACUGAGCCAGACCUUCCUAACCCACAUGUUGGGGAGGUCUCUGUCCCCAGUUCUGGGAGUCCCAGGAUUCAGGAGCCUCCCCAGGACUUCAGUAGGGGUCCAGCACGGCGUUGUGCUCUCUGUAACUGUGGGGAACCCAGUCUGCAUGGGCAGCGGGAGCUACGACGCUUUGAGUUGCCAUUUGACUGGCCUGGGUCUCCAGUGGUAUCAUCUGGGGGAAACCCGGGGCCCAGCGAGGCUGUGCUGUCCAGUGAGGACCUAUCACAAAUUGGUUUCCCUGAGGGCCUUACACCUGCCCACCUAGGAGAACCUGGAGGGCACUGUUGGGCACAUCAUUGGUGUGCUGCGUGGUCAGCAGGUGUAUGGGGGCAGGAGGGCCCAGAACUAUGUGGUGUGGACAAGGCCAUCUUCUCAGGGAUCUCACAGCGCUGCUCCCACUGCACCAGGCUUGGUGCCUCCAUUCCUUGCCGCUCACCAGGAUGUCCACGGCUUUACCACUUCCCCUGCGCCACUGCCAGUGGUUCCUUCUUAUCCAUGAAAACACUGCGGCUGCUAUGCCCAGAGCACAGUGAGGGGGCUGCACAUUUGGAGGAGGCUCAUUGUGCAGUAUGUGAGGGACCAGGGGAGUUGUGUGACCUGUUCUUCUGUACCAGCUGUGGACAUCACUAUCAUGGAGCCUGUCUGGACACUGCUCUGACUGCCCGAAAGCGUGCUGGCUGGCAGUGCCCUGAAUGCAAAGUGUGCCAAGCCUGCAGGAAACCUGGGAAUGACUCUAAGAUGUUAGUCUGUGAGACGUGUGACAAAGGAUAUCAUACCUUCUGCUUAAAACCACCCAUAGAGGAACUACCUGCUCACUCUUGGAAGUGUAAGACAUGUCGGGUAUGUCGGGCUUGUGGGGCAGGCUCAGCAGAGUUGGAUCCGAACUCUGAGUGGUUUGAGAACUAUUCACUCUGUCACCAUUGUCAGAAAGCCCGGGGAAGUCAUCCUGUCAGUUCUGUUGCUGAGCAGCAUCUGCCUGUCUGUAGCAGAUUUGCACCCCCAGAGCCUGGUGAUAUCCCCACUGAUGAGCCCGAUGCUCUGUACGUUGCAUGCCAAGGGCAGCCAAAGGGUGGGCACGUGACCUCUAUGCAAUCCAAGGAACCGGGGCCCCUGCAAUGUGAAGCCAAACCACUAGGGAGAGCAGGGACCCAACUUGGACCCCAGUUGGAGACUCCCCUGAACGAGGAGAUGCCACUGCUGCCCCCACCCGAGGAGUCACCCCUGUCUCCGCCACCUGAGGAAUCACCCACAUCCCCACCACCUGAGGCCUCACGCCUGUCCCCGCCACCUGAGGAAUCACCUGCAUCCCCACCACCAGAGGCAUCCCGCCUGUCCCCACCACCUGAGGAAUCACCUCUUUCUCCGCCACCUGAGGAGUCUCCUCUGUCUCCCCCACCUGAAUCAUCAACUUUUUCACCACUGGAGGAAUCACCCUUUUCUCCACUGGAACAGUCGCCCCCAUCUGCUGCACUAGAGACACCCCUGUCGCCACCACCUGAAACCUCACCCUUGUCUCCACCAUUUGAGGAGUCUCCUCUGUCCCCUCCACCUGAGGAAUUGCCCACUUCCCCACCACCUGAAGCAUCUCGCCUAUCUCCGCCACCUGAAGAAUCGCCCAUGUCCCCUCCACCUGAAGAAUCGCCCAUGUCCCCUCCACCUGAGGCAUCUCGUCUGUUCCCACCAUUUGAAGAGUCUCCCCUGUCUCCUCCACCUGAGGAGUCUCCCCUGUCUCCACCUCCUGAGGCCUCACGGCUGUCCCCACCCCCUGAGGACUCACCCAUGUCACCCCCACCAGAAGACUCGCCUAUGUCCCCCCCACCUGAAGUAUCACGCCUGUCACCCUUACCUGAGGUGUCACACUUAUCCCCUUUGCCUGAGGUAUCACGGCUGUCCCCACCACCUGAAGAAUCUCCCCUAUCCCCACCACCUGAGGAUUCGCCCACAUCACCUCCACCUGAGGCUUCCCGUCUAUCCCCACCACCCGAGGACUCUCCUAUAUCCCCACCACCUGAAGACUCUACUUCACCACCGCCAGAGAACUCACUCAUGUCCCUACCGCUGGAGGAGUCACCCCUGUCGCCACUGCCUGAGGAAUCGAGACUCUGCGCCCAGCCUGAGGAACCGUACCUGUCUCCCCAACCUGAGGAACCCCAAAUCUGUCCCCAGUCUGAAGAGCCGCACCUGUCCCCCAAGCCUGAGGAGCCGUGCCUGUCCUCCCAGCCUGAGGAGCCGUGCCUGUCCCCCACACUUGAAGAGCCGUGUCUCUCCUCUCAGCCUGAGGAGCUGCUCUUGCCCCCUGUGCCUGAGGAACCAUGCUUGUCCCCCCGGCCUAAGGAACCACAUCUGUCCCCCCAGCCUGAGGAGCCCUACCUGUCCCCCAUGUCUGAGGACCCAUGCCUGUUGCAGCCCCAGCCUGAAGAACUGCACCAAUCUCCUCGGCCUGAAGAGCCUCCUGAGGAGCUAGGCCAAUGCCCUGCAUCUAAGGAGCUGCCCUUGUUACCCCUACCUGGGGAACCACCUUUAUCCCCCUUGCUUGGAGAGGCAGCCCUGUCUGAGUCUGGGGAACCACCUCUAUCCCCUCUGCCUGAGGAGUUGCCCUUGUCCCCAUCGGGCGAGCCAGCCUUGUCACCUCAGCUGAUGCCACCAGAUCCUCUUCCUCCUCCGCUCUCACCCAUUAUCCCAGCUGCAGCCCCACCAGCCUUGUCUCCUUUGGGGGAGUACCCCUUUGGUGCCAAAGGGGACAGUGACCCUGAAUCACCAUUAGCUGCCCCCAUCCUAGAGACACCCAUCAGCCCUCCACCAGAAGCUAACUGCACUGACCCUGAGCCUGUACCCCCAAUGAUCCUUCCCCCAUCUCCAGGCUCCCCAGUGGGACCUGCUUCUCCUACCCUUAUGGAGCCCCUCCCCCAACCAUGUUCCCCACCCCUUCAGCACUCCUUGCCUCCUCCAAACUCUCCUCCUUCCCAGUGCUCCCCUCCUGCUCUGCCACGGUCUGCUCCUUCCCCUCUGAGUCCCGUGGGGAGGGCAGUAGAUGUCUCAGAUGAGGCUGAGCUGCAUGAGAUGGAGACUGAGAAAGGUCCCGAACCAGAGUGCCCAUCCUUAGAACCCAGUGCCACCAGCCCUCUCCCUUCUCCCAUGGGGGACCUUUCCUGCCCUUCCCCCAGCCCUGCCCCAGCCCUGGAUGACUUCUCUGGCUUGGGAGAAGACAUAGCCCCUCUAGAUGGGACCGAUAUUAACCCUUCACAGUCACAGACUGGACAGUUACCUGGCAGUUUGGCUAGUGAAUGUAAAGGUUCCCCUGUGCUCCUGGACCCCGAGGAGCUGGCCCCUGUGACCCCUAUGGAGGUCUAUGGUCCAGAAUGCAAGCAGGCUGGGCAGGGCUCUCCCUGUGAAGAGCAAGAGGAGCCCCGUGCACCAGUGGCCCCCAUACCACCCACUCUCAUCAAAUCUGACAUCGUUAAUGAGAUCUCUAAUCUGAGCCAGGGUGAUGCCAGUGCCAGUUUUCCUGGCUCAGAGCCCCUGCUGGGCUCUCCUGAUCCUGAGGGGGGCGGCUCCUUGUCCAUGGAGCUGGGAGUAUCUACAGAUGUUAGUCCAGCUCGAGAUGAGGGCUCCCUACGACUCUGUACUGACUCGCUGCCAGAGACUGAUGACUCACUAUUAUGUGAUGCUGGGACAACUAUCAGUGGAGGCAAAGCUGAGGGAGACAAGGGACGUCGGCGCAGCUCCCCAGCCCGUUCCCGAAUCAAACAGGGUCGUAGCAGUAGUUUCCCAGGAAGACGCCGGCCACGUGGAGGAGCACAUGGAGGACGAGGGAGAGGACGGGCCCGACUGAAAUCAACCACUUCUUCUAUUGAGACACUGGUAGUGGCUGAUAUUGAUAGUUCUCCCAGCAAGGAGGAGGAGGAGGAGGAGGAUGACACCAUGCAAAAUACCGUGGUUCUCUUCUCUAACACAGACAAAUUUGUUCUAAUGCAGGACAUGUGUGUGGUGUGCGGCAGCUUUGGUCGGGGGGCUGAGGGCCACCUCCUGGCCUGUUCGCAGUGCUCUCAGUCCUACCACCCUUACUGUGUCAACAGCAAGAUCACCAAGGUGAUGCUGCUAAAGGGCUGGCGUUGUGUAGAGUGUAUUGUGUGUGAAGUAUGUGGCCAAGCUUCCGACCCCUCACGCCUGCUGCUCUGUGAUGACUGUGACAUUAGCUACCAUACCUACUGCCUGGACCCCCCACUGCUCACCGUGCCCAAAGGUGGCUGGAAGUGCAAGUGGUGUGUGUCUUGUAUGCAGUGUGGGGCUGCCUCCCCUGGCUUCCACUGUGAAUGGCAGAAUAGUUACACACACUGUGGGCCCUGUGCCAGUCUGGUGACCUGCCCUAUCUGUCAUGCUCCCUAUGUGGAGGAAGACCUGCUAAUCCAGUGCCGCCACUGUGAACGGUGGAUGCAUGCUGGCUGCGAGAGCCUCUUCACAGAGGAUGAUGUGGAGCAAGCAGCUGAUGAGGGCUUUGACUGUGUUUCCUGCCAGCCUUUUGUGAUAAAGCCUGUGGCACCUGUUGCCCCGCCAGAGUUGGUACCUAUGAAGGUGAAAGAGCCAGAGCCCCAGUACUUUCGCUUCGAGGGUGUGUGGCUGACAGAAACUGGCAUGGCAGUGCUGCGUAACCUGACCAUGUCACCACUACACAAGCGGCGUCAGCGUCGAGGACGGCUAGGCCUCCCAGGCGAGGCAGGCCUGGAGGGUUCUGAGCCUUCUGAUGCCCUCGGCCCCGAUGACAAGAAGGAUGGGGACCUGGACACUGAUGAGCUGCUCAAGGGUGAAGGUGGUGUGGAGCACAUGGAGUGCGAAAUUAAACUAGAAGGCCCCGCCAGCCCAGAUGUGGAGCCUGGCAAAGAAGAGACGGAAGAAAGCAAAAAACGCAAGCGCAAACCCUAUCGGCCUGGCAUUGGUGGUUUCAUGGUGCGACAGCGAAAGUCUCAUACACGUGUGAAAAGGGGGCCUGCUGCACAGGCGGAGGUGUUGAGUGGGGAUGGGCAGCCCGACGAGGGUGAGACGGUGCUGCCUCCUGACCUGCCUGCGGAGGGGUCUGUGGAACAGAGCCUUGUCGAAGGUGAUGAGAAGAAGAAGCAACAGCGACGAGGACGCAAAAAGAGCAAGCUAGAGGACAUGUUUCCUGCUUACCUGCAAGAAGCCUUCUUUGGGAAGGAACUGUUGGACCUGAGCCGGAAGGCCCUUUUUGCAGUUGGAGUGGGCCGGCCAAGCUUUGGACUAGGAACUCCAAAAGCCCGGGGGGAUGGAGGUCCAGAUAAAAAGGAGCUUCCCACCUUGCAGAAAGGAGAUGAUGGUCCAGAUGUUGCAGAUGAAGAGUCACGUGGCACUGAGGGCAUGGCUGAUACACCAGGACUUGAGGAUGGGGUUGUAAAGUCAUCCCCAGUACCCAGUGACCCUGAGAAGCCAGGCACUCCAGGUGAAGGAAUGCUUAGCUCUGACUUAGACAGGAUUCCCACAGAAGAACUGCCCAAGAUGGAGUCCAAGGACCUGCAGCAGCUCUUUAAAGAUGUCCUGGGUUCUGAACGAGAGCAGCAUUUGGGUUGUGGAACUCCUGGGCUAGAAGGCAGCCGUGCACCACUGCAGAGACCCUUUCUCCAAGGUGGACUCCCUUUGGGCAGUCUCCCCUCCAGCAGCCCAAUGGACUCCUACCCGGGCCUCUGCCAGUCCCCCUUCCUAGAUUCUAGGGAGCGCGGGGGCUUCUUUAGCCCAGAACCCGGUGAGCCAGACAGCCCCUGGACAGGCUCAGGGGGCACCACGCCCUCCACUCCCACCACCCCUACCACAGAGGGUGAAGGCGACGGGCUCUCCUAUAACCAGCGGAGUCUACAGCGAUGGGAAAAAGAUGAAGAACUGGGUCAGCUCUCCACUAUCUCACCUGUGCUCUAUGCCAACAUUAACUUUCCUAAUCUCAAGCAAGAUUAUCCAGACUGGUCUAGUCGUUGCAAACAAAUCAUGAAGCUCUGGAGAAAGGUUCCAGCCGCUGACAAAGCCCCCUACCUGCAAAAGGCCAAAGAUAACCGGGCUGCUCAUCGCAUCAACAAGGUGCAGAAGCAGGCUGAGAGCCAGAUCAACAAGCAGGCCAAGGUGGGCGACAUAGCCCGUAAGACUGAUCGACCAGCCCUCCAUCUCCGCAUUCCCCCCCAGCCAGGGGCACUGGGCAGUCCGCCCCCUGCUGCGGCCCCCACCAUUUACAUUGGCAGCCCCACCACCCCUGCCGGCUUGUCUACCUCUGCGGACGGGUUCCUGAAGCCGCCAGCGGGCACAGUGCCCGGCCCCGACUCACCUGGUGAGCUCUUCCUCAAGCUCCCAUCCCAGGUGCCCGCCCAAGUGCCUUCGCAGGACCCCUUUGGACUGGCCCCUGCCUAUGCCCUGGAGCCCCGCUUCUCUGCGGCACCACCCACCUACCCUCCUUACCCAAGCCCAGCUGGGGCCCCUGCCCAGCCCCCAAUGCUGGGCACCACAUCUCGUCCUGUGACUGGUCAGCCAGGGGAACUCCACACUACCCCACCGGGUACCCCCAGACACCAGCCCUCCACGCCUGACCCCUUCCUCAAACCCCGAUGCCCCUCACUGGACAACCUGGCUGUGCCUGAGAGCCCGGGGGUAGCAGGAGGCAAGGCUUCCGAGCCUCUGCUCUCACCCUCACCUUUUGGGGAGUCUCGGAAAGCCCUAGAGGUGAAGAAGGAAGAACUUGGGGCAUCCUCUCCUGGAUAUGGACCCCCAAACCUGGGCUUUGUUGACUCACCCUCCUCAGGCCCCCAUCCGGGUAGCCUAGAGUUAAAGGCACCUGAUGUCUUCAAAGCUCCCCUAACCCCUCGGGCAUCUCAGGUAGAGCCCCAGAGCCCUGGCCUGGGCCUACGGGCCCAGGAUCCACCCCCUGCCCAGGCUUUGGCCCCUUCUCCUCCCAGCCACCCAGACGUCUUUCGUCCUGGCUCCUACCCUGAUCCUUAUGCCCAACCCCCAUUGACCCCUCGGCCUCAACCACCACCCCCUGAGAGCUGCUGUGCCCUGCCCCCUCGCUCACUGUCCUCUGACCCUUUCUCUCGAGUACCCGCUAGUCCUCAGUCUCAGUCCAGUUCCCAGUCCCCGUUGACCCCUCGUCCUCUGUCUGCUGAGGCUUUCUGCCCGUCCCCGGUUACCCCUCGCUUCCAGUCCCCUGACCCUUAUUCUCGUCCACCCUCACGUCCUCAGUCCCGUGACCCAUUUGCCCCAUUGCAUAAGCCACCCCGACCCCAGCCCCCUGAAGUUGCCUUUAAGGCUGGGCCUCUAGCCCACACUCCGCUGGGAGCUGGGGGCUUCCCAGCAGCCCUGCCCUCUGGGCCAGCAGGUGAGCUCCAUGCUAAGGUCCCAGGUGGGCAGACCCCUAAUUUUGCCCGGUCCCCAGGGACAGGUGCAUUUGUAGGCACCCCCUCUCCCAUGCGGUUCACUUUCCCACAGGGGGUAGGAGAGCCUUCCCUAAAGCCCCCUGUCCCACAGCCUGGUCUCCCUCCACCCCAUGGGAUCAACAGCCAUUUUGGGCCUGGCCCCAUCUUGGGCAAGCCUCAAAGCACAAACUACGUAGCCACGGGGAACUUUCACCCAUCGGGCAGCCCCCUGGGGCCCAGCAGUGGGCCUACAGGGGAGGGCUAUGGGCUGUCCCCACUACGCCCCGCAUCAGUUCUGCCACCACCCACACCCGAUGGAUCCCUCUCCUACCUGUCCCAUGGAGCCUCACAGCGGGCAGGUAUCACCUCUCCAGUGGAAAAGCGAGAAGAUCCAGGGGCUACCAUGAGUAGCUCUUUGGCAACACCUGAACUCUCAGGUACCCAGGAUCCAGGCAUGUCAAACCUUAGCCAGACAGAGCUGGAGAAGCAGCGGCAGCGCCAACGGCUGCGGGAGCUGCUGAUUAGGCAGCAGAUCCAGCGUAACACCUUACGGCAGGAGAAGGAAACAGCUGCAGCAGCUGCAGGUGCAGUCGGGCCUCCAGGCAACUGGAGUGCUGAACCCAGCAACCCUGCCUUUGAGCAGCUGAAUCGAGGCCAGACCCCUUUCACUGGUACCCAGGAUAAGAACAGUCUUGUGGGAUUAUCCUCAAGCAAGCUAGGUGGUCCAAUUCUGGGGCCAGGGGCCUUCUCCAGCGAUGACCGACUUUCCCGGCCGCUUCCACCAGCCACACCUUCCUCUAUGGACAUGAAUAGCCGGCAACUUGUAGGAGGCUCCCAGGCCUUCUAUCAGCGCACGCCCUAUCCUGGGUCCCUGCCUUUACAACAGCAGCAGCAGCAGCAGCAGCAGCAGCAGCAGCAGCAGCAGCAGCAGCAGCAGCAGCAGCAGCAGUUAUGGCAGCAGCAGCAGACAACAGCAGCAACCUCCAUGCGACUUGCUAUGUCUACUCGUUUUUCAUCAACUCCUGGACCUGAUCUUGGCCGCCAAGCACUAGGUUCCCCCUUGGCAGGAAUUCCUACCCGACUUCCAGGCCCUGCUGAGCCAGUGCCUGGUCCUGCUGGUCCUGCUGGUCCUGCUCAGUUCAUUGAGUUGCGACACAAUGUACAGAAAGGACUUGGACCUGGGGGAUCUCCAUUUCCCAUUCAGGGUCCCCCUCAGAGGCCCCGAUUUUACCCUGUAAGUGAGGAACCCCAUCGACUGGCUCCUGAAGGGCUUCGGAGCCUGGCGGUAUCAAACCUUCCCCCUCAAAAACCCUCAGCCCCUUCAGCUCCUGAAUUGAACAACAGUCUCCAUCAGACACCCCACACCAAAGGUCCUGCCCUACCAGCUAGCUUGGAACUGGUCUCACGCCCCCCCUCAAGCACUGAGCUUGGCCGUCCCCCGCUGGCCCUGGAAACUGGAAAGUUACCUUGUGAGGAUCCUGAGCUGGAUGAUGAUUUUGAUGCCCACAAGGCCCUAGAGGAUGAUGAAGAACUUGCUCACCUAGGUCUGGGUGUGGAUGUGGCCAAGGGUGAUGAUGAGCUGGGCACUCUGGAAAACCUGGAGACUAAUGAUCCCCACCUGGAUGACCUCCUCAAUGGAGAUGAAUUUGACUUACUAGCAUAUACUGACCCUGAGCUAGACACUGGGGACAAGAAGGACAUCUUCAAUGAGCACCUAAGGCUGGUGGAGUCAGCAAAUGAGAAAGCUGAACGGGAGGCCCUGCUUCGGGGGGUGGAGCCAGUAUCUUUAAGCUCAGAGGAACGCCCUCCCCCUGCCACAGAUAACUCUGAGCCUCGCCUUGCAUCUGUGCUCCCUGAGGUGAAGCCCAAGGUGGAGGAGGGAGGACGCCAUCCUUCUCCCUGCCAGUUCACCAUUAAUACCCCCAAAGUAGAGUCAGCACCUCCUGGCACUGCCCUAAGCUUGGGUCUGAAGCCAGGACAGACGGUGAUGGGCAGCCGGGAUACUCGAAUAGGUACAGGACCAUUUCCCAGCAGUGGGCACACAGCUGAGAAGGGCCCCUUUGGGACUACAGGAGGGACCCCAGCUCACUUGCUGACCCCCAGCCCACUAAGUGGCCCAGGAGGCUCCUCUCUUCUGGAAAAGUUUGAGCUAGAGAGCGGGGCUCUGACCUUGCCUGGUGGACAUGCACCACCAGGGGAUGAGCUGGACAAGAUGGACAGCUCACUAGUAGCCAGCGAGUUGCCCCUGCUCAUCGAGGACCUGUUGGAGCAUGAGAAAAAGGAGCUGCAGAAGAAGCAGCAGCUUUCAGCACAGCUACAGCCUGCUCAGCAGCAGCAGCAACAGCCCCUGCUGCCUACACCAGGCCCUGCCCAGGCCAUGCCACUGCCACAUGAGGGCUCUUCUCCCAGUUUAGCUGGGCCCCAGCAGCAGCUUGCCCUGGGUCUCGGAGGUAAUCGACAGCCAGGCUUGGGCCAAUCAUUAAUGCCCACCCAGUCACCAAGUCAUGCCCUUCAGCAACGCCUGGCCCCAUCUAUGGCUAUGGUCUCCAACCAGGGGCAUAUUCUAAGUGGGCAGCAAGGGGGGCAGACAAGCUUGGUGCCCCAGCAGAGCUCACAGCCAGUGUUAGCACAGAAGCCCAUGAGUGCCAUGCCUUCAUCCAUGUGCGUGAAGCCACAGCAGCUGGCUCUGCAGCAACAGCAGCUUGCGAACAGCUUCUUCCCAGAUACAGACCUGGACAAGUUUGCUGCAGAAGAUAUCAUUGAUCCUAUUGCAAAGGCCAAGAUGGUAGCUUUGAAAGGCAUCAAGAAAGUGAUGGCUCAGGGCAGCAUUGGGGUGGCACCUGGUAUAAACAGGCAGCAAGUGUCGCUGCUAGCUCAGAGGCUCUCUGGAGGGUCUGGCAGUGAUCUACAGAACCAUGUGACCCCUGGGAGUGGCCAGGAGCGGAAUCCUAGUGACUCUUCCCAGCCUCGUCCUAAUCCACCCACUUUUGCCCAGGGAGUGAUCAAUGAGGCUGACCAGCGGCAGUAUGAAGAGUGGCUAUUCCACACCCAGCAGCUUCUACAGAUGCAGCUGAAGGUGCUAGAGGAGCAGAUUGGUGUGCACCGAAAGUCUCGGAAGGCUCUGUGUGCCAAGCAGCGCACUGCCAAAAAGGCUGGCCGUGAGUUUCCAGAAGCUGAUGCUGAGAAGCUCAAGUUGGUUACAGAACAGCAAAGCAAGAUCCAGAAACAGCUGGAUCAGGUCCGGAAACAGCAGAAGGAACAUACAAAUCUCAUGGCAGAAUAUCGAAACAAACAGCAGCAACAACAACAGCAGCAGCAGCAGCAGCAACAACAGCAGCAGCACUCGACUGUGCUGGCCCUCAGCCCUUCUCAGAGUUCUCGUGUACUUACCAAGCUCCCUGGCCAGCUGCUCCCUGGCCAUGGGCUACAACAACCACAGGCACCUCCGGGUGGGCAGGCUGGAGGUCUUCGCCUGCCUCCAGGGGGGAUGGUACUACCUGGACAGCCUGGAGGCCCAUUCCUCAACACAGCCUUGGCCCAACAACAGCAGCAGCAACAUUCUGGUGGGACUGGAUCCUUGACUGGCCCCUCAGGGGGCUUCUUCCCUGGCAAUCUUGCUCUCCGAAGCCUUGGACCUGACUCAAGACUUUUACAGGAAAGGCAGCUACAGCUGCAACAGCAGCGCAUGCAGCUGGCCCAGAAACUGCAGCAGCAGCAGCAGCAGCAGCAGCAGCAGCAGCAGCAGCAGCACCAGCACCUCUUAGGGCAGGUGGCAAUCCAGCAGCAACAGCAGCAAGGUCCCGGAGUACAAGCAAACCAAGCUCUGGGCCCCAAGCCUCAGGGGCUUCUGCCUCCCAGCAACCACCAGGGCCUCCUGGUCCAACAGCUGUCCCCUCAGCAACUGCAAGGGUCCCAGGGUGUGCUGGGUCCUGCCCAGGUGGCAGUGUUGCAGCAACAGCACCCUGGAGCUUUGGGUCCUCAGGUCCCUCACAGACAGGUGCUUAUGACUCAGUCCAGGGUACUGAGUUCCCCUCAGCUACCACAGCAGGGUCACAGCCUUAUGGGACACCGGCUAGUCACUGCCCAGCAGCAGCAGCAACAACAGCAGCAACAACAGCAGGGACCCAUGUCAGGGCUUUCCCAUCUUCAGCAAGGACUGAUAGCACAUGGUGGACAGCCCAAAUUGAGUGCUCAGGCCUUGGGCGCCUUACAGCAGCAACAGCUUCAGCAGCAGCAGCUUCAACAACAGCAACUCCAACAGCAGCAGCAACAGCAGCAGAUAGGCCUCUUGAACCAGAGUCGAACUUUACUGUCUCCGCAGCAGCAGCAACAGCAGCAGCAGCAGCAGCAGAUGACGACGACGACGACGACGACGACGACGACACUUGGGCCUGGCAUGCCAGCCAAGCCUCUUCAACACUUUUCUAGCCCUGGAGCUCUGGGUCCAACCCUCCUCCUAUCAGGCAAGGAACAAAAUACUGUAGAGACAACGCUUCCUUCAGAGGUCACUGAGGGGCCCUCGACACAUCAAGGAGGGCCACUUGGAGUAGGAACUACACCUGAAUCAAUGGCCGUUGAACCAGGGGAGGUAAAACCCUCUGUUUCUGGAGACUCACAACUCCUGCUUAUCCAAUCCCAGGCUCAGCCUCAACCCAACUCUCUGCAGCCACCUCUGAGACUCCCAGGACAACCGCAGCAGCAGGUUAACUUGCUCCACACAGCUGGUGUAGGAAACCAUGGGCAGCAGUUAGGCAGUGGAUCCUCUUCUGAGGCCCCGUCUAUGCCCCACCUGCUGUCCCAGCCUUCUCUUUCCUUAGGAGAGCAGCCUGGGCCUAUGACCCAGAACCUUCUGGGCCCCCAACAACCUCUUGGACUAGAGCGACCAAUGCAAAAUAACACAGGGCCACAGCCUCCCAAAUCAGGACCCGUCCCCCCGUCUGGGCAGGGUCUCCCUGGGGUUGGAGUCAUGCCUACAGUGGGUCAACUUCGAGCACAGCUCCAGGGAGUCCUGGCCAAAAACCCGCAGCUGCGGCACUUGAGUCCUCAGCAGCAGCAGCAGCUGCAGGCAUUACUCACACAGCGGCAGCUGCAGCAGAGUCGGGGAGUACACCAGACCCCACCCUUCCAGGAGCCGGGGACCCAGCCCUCUCCCCUUCAGGGCCUCCUGAGUUGCCAACCUCAACCUGGGGGUUUUCCUGGAUCCCAGACAGGCCCCCUCCAGGAGCUAGGGGCAGGGCCUCGACCUCAGGACCUACCCCGGCUCCCUGUCCCACAAGGAGCCUUAUCCACAGGACCAGCCCUUGGCCCUGUCCAUCCUACACCUCCACCAUCUAGUCCCCAAGAGCCAAAGAGACCUUCACAAUUACCUUCCCCCAGUGCCCAGCUCACCCCUACCCAUCCAGGGACUCCAAAGCCCCAAGGACCAACCUUGGAGCUGCCUCCUGGCAGAGUCUCACCUGCUGCUGCCCAACUCGCAGAUAACUUCUUUGGCAAGGGACUGGGACCUUGGGACCCCUCAGAUAACCUCAUAGAGGCCCAGAAGCUAGAGCAGAACAACCUUGUUCCCGGGCAUCUGGAGCAGGUGAAUGGACAGGUGGUACACGAACCACCCCAACUCGGCAUCAAGCAGGAGCCUAGGGAAGAGCCUUGUGCCCUGGGUUCCCAGGUGGUGAAGAGGGAGGCCAAUGGAGAGCCAGUAGGGGCACCAGGCACCAGCAACCACCUUCUGCUAGCAGGCCCCCGCUCAGAGGCUGGGCAUCUGCUCCUGCAGAAGCUUCUACGAGCAAAGAAUGUGCAACUUGGUGCUGGGCGGGGGUCUGAGGGGCUGCGAGCUGAGAUCAACGGACACAUUGACAGCAAGUUGGCUGGGCUGGAGCAGAAACUGCAGGGUUCUCCUAGCAACAGGGAGGAUGCAGCGGUAAGGAAGCCUUUGACGACAAAGCCCAAGCGGGUACAGAAAGCCAGUGACAGGUUGGUGAGCUCCCGAAAGAAGCUUCGGAAGGAAGACGGGGUCAGGGCAAACGAGGCCUUGCUGAAACAGCUAAAACAGGAACUGUCCCUGCUGCCUCUGACGGAGCCUACCAUCACCUCCAAUUUUAGCCUCUUUGCUCCCUUUGGUAGUGGCUGCCCAGUCGGUGGGCAGAGUCAGCUGAGAGGGGCCUUUGGAAGUGGGACCCUGCCCACCGGCCCUGACUACUAUUCCCAGCUGCUUACAAAGAAUAACCUGAGUAACCCGCCGACACCACCCUCGUCGCUGCCCCCCACCCCACCCCCAUCGGUGCAGCAGAAGAUGGUGAAUGGCGUCACCCCCUCUGAAGAGCUGGGGGAGCACCCCAAGGAUGCGGCCUCUGCCCGGGACACUGAAGGAACACUGAGGGAUGCUUCAGAGGUGAAGAGUCUAGACCUGUUGGCCGCUCUGCCUACACCCCCUCACAAUCAGACUGAGGAUGUCAGGAUGGAGAGCGAUGAGGACAGUGAUUCUCUUGAUAGCAUUGUGCCUGCUUCAUCCCCUGAGAGCAUUCUGGGGGAGGAAGCCCCCCGCUUCCCUCAGCUGGGCUCUGGCAGGUGGGAACAGGACAACCGAGCCCUCUCCCCUGUCAUCCCCAUCAUCCCUCGUGCCAGCAUCCCUGUCUUCCCAGAUACCAAACCUUAUGGGGUCCUUGACCUUGAGGUCCCUGGGAAGCUGCCUGCCACGGCUUGGGGAAAGGACAAAGGAAGUGAGGUGUCAGUCAUGCUGACGGUUUCUGCCGCCGCCGCCAAGAACCUGAGUGGUGUGAUGGUAGCAGUGGCUGAGUUACUAAGCAUGAAGAUCCCCAACUCCUAUGAGGUGCUGUUCCCAGACAGUCCUGCCCGGACAGGCCUUGAGCCUAAGAAGGGGGAAACCGAGGGUCCUGGUGGGAAAGAAAAGAGUUUGAGUGGGAAGGGCACAGACACUGGACCUGAUUGGCUAAAGCAGUUUGAUGCAGUAUUGCCUGGCUAUACCCUCAAAAGCCAGCUAGACAUCUUGAGCCUCCUGAAACAGGAGAGUCCUGCCCCAGAGCCAUCCACCCAGCACAACUACACCUACAGCGUCUCCAACCUGGACGUGAGGCAGCUCUCCGCCCCACCUCCUGAGGAACCCUCCCCACCUCCAUCUCCCUUGGCCCCCUCUCCUGCCAGCCCCCCUGCCGAACCCCUGGUUGAACUUCAGGCUGAACCCUCUGCUGAGCCACCAAUCCCUUCACCUCUGCCAUUGACCUCAUCUCCUGACUCUGCCCGGCCCAAACCCCGAGCCCGGCCCCCUGAAGAAAGUGAGGACUCCCAUCCCCCACGCCUCAAAAAGUGGAAAGGGGUACGCUGGAAGCGGCUACGGCUACUGUUGACCAUUCAGAAGGGCAGUGGGCGACAAGAGGAUGAACGAGAGGUGGCAGAGUUUAUGGAGCAGCUUGGCACAGCCUUGCGACCCAACAAGGUGCCUCGAGACAUGCGGCGAUGCUGUUUCUGUCAUGAAGAGGGAGAUGGUGCCACUGAUGGGCCUGCCCGCCUGCUCAACCUAGAUCUGGACCUCUGGGUGCACCUCAACUGUGCCCUGUGGUCCACGGAGGUGUAUGAGACUCAGGGUGGGGCACUGAUGAACGUAGAGGUUGCCCUGCACCGAGGAUUGCUCACCAAGUGUUCCCUGUGCCAGCGAACUGGUGCCACCAGCAGUUGCAAUCGCAUGCGUUGUCCCAAUGUCUACCAUUUUGCCUGUGCCAUCCGCACCAAGUGCAUGUUCUUCAAGGACAAGACCAUGCUGUGUCCAGUGCAUAAGAUCAAGGGGCCAUGUGAGCAGGAGCUCAGUUCGUUUGCUGUCUUCCGGCGAGUCUACAUCGAGCGAGAUGAGGUGAAGCAGAUUGCCAGCAUCAUCCAGCGGGGAGAGCGGCUACACAUGUUCCGUGUGGGGGGCCUUGUGUUCCAUGCCAUCGGACAACUGCUCCCACACCAGAUGGCUGACUUCCACAGUGCCACUGCCCUCUAUCCUGUUGGCUAUGAGGCCACGCGCAUCUACUGGAGCCUUCGUACCAACAAUCGCCGCUGCUGCUACCGCUGCUCCAUUGGUGAGAAUAAUGGGCGGCCAGAGUUUGUGAUCAAAGUCAUGGAGCAGGGUUUAGAAGACCUGGUCUUCACCGAUGCCUCUCCCCAAGCUGUAUGGAAUCGUAUCAUCGAGCCUGUGGCUGCCAUGAGAAGAGAGGCCGACAUGCUGAGGCUCUUUCCUGAAUAUCUGAAAGGCGAAGAACUCUUUGGGCUGACGGUGCAUGCUGUGCUUCGCAUAGCUGAAUCACUGCCUGGGGUAGAGAGCUGUCAGAACUACUUAUUCCGCUAUGGGCGCCACCCCCUGAUGGAGCUGCCACUCAUGAUCAACCCCACCGGCUGUGCCCGAUCAGAGCCUAAAAUCCUCACACACUACAAACGCGUUUUCACAUCCAUUAUCUCAUUUGAUCCUCACAACAACCUUAUGAGGCCCCAUACCUUGAACAGCACCAGCAUGUCUAAGGCAUAUCAGAGCACCUUCACAGGCGAGACCAACACCCCAUACAGCAAGCAGUUUGUGCACUCCAAGUCAUCUCAGUACCGGCGCCUGCGCACUGAGUGGAAGAACAACGUUUAUCUGGCUCGCUCCCGUAUCCAGGGCCUGGGGCUCUAUGCAGCCAAGGACCUAGAAAAGCACACGAUGGUCAUCGAGUACAUUGGCACCAUUAUUCGCAAUGAGGUGGCCAACCGGCGGGAGAAAAUCUAUGAGGAACAGAAUCGAGGCAUCUACAUGUUUCGGAUAAACAAUGAGCAUGUGAUUGAUGCUACAUUGACUGGAGGCCCUGCCAGGUACAUUAACCAUUCCUGUGCCCCUAACUGUGUAGCAGAAGUUGUGACAUUUGACAAGGAGGACAAAAUCAUCAUCAUCUCCAGCCGGCGAAUCCCCAAAGGAGAAGAGCUGACCUAUGACUAUCAGUUUGAUUUUGAGGACGAUCAGCACAAGAUCCCCUGUCACUGUGGAGCCUGGAAUUGUCGGAAAUGGAUGAACUAAGAAGCUUUGAGGCUACCAGGCAGGGGAGUCCCCCCACCCCCAGCCUCUUCCCUGAAAGGGAUGAGGGGGAAGAGAGGUAGCAGCCAGAGCCAGGACCCAGGGCUGGGGCUGCCGGCCGACCGGAGCCCCUGGAGUAGGAGGCUGGGGUAGAGGGCCCUAGGCCAAGCCCACCCUGGGCACCAGGGACAACCUCUUCCCUGCCACCGGCCCUCAGGCUGGCAUCUCUGCCCCUAACUCCAGGAGGGGCCAGACAGAAGCAGCCACUGGGCAUCUCAGGUUUGAGGGGGAUAUGGGCCGGGAACUACCCAGAAGCAUCUGGGAGGCAGCAGGGAGCAGGGGAGGAGGAUGUGUGGCCGGGCCUCAUAGCCCUGCUGCCCCCACCAACCUCUCUGGCCCAACUGAAGGCUGCAAAGAGACUUGACUAAGCUUGACAAUCCCAAAGGCCGGGUCCCAUACCUGGCCCUGCCUGCCGGGUCCUGCCCCUACCCUCACCCCCAUCCUCUUCCCUCUCGAUCUGUCUCUGUCUCCCUCUUCUCCUCUGUGUUUCUGUCUCUCUAUGGGUUGUGUUUCCUUGUUUUCCACUCUGACAAAUGCAACAUGACGGGAAAGAGGCGUCCAGAUGCCCAGGAGGGCAAGCUGGGCAAGCCGGGCAAGGAGACCCCGCACCCACACCUACCUCAUUUAAGUGUUGGAUUUUUUGCUGUUUUGAAAUGUGAGACCCUCUCCAAGCCCCCUGCUGCCCCAACCCUCUCCCCCACCUCACUACCCUCUUCUGAGUGGGUGGAAGGGGGGUAGGAGGAGGAAAAACAACAACAACAACAACAACAAAAUCCAUCUUUGUUUUUAAUUAUGGGCAUGGGAUGGUGGUUGAGGCAAAUGGUGAUGAAGAUUGGGGAUGACUGGCCCCUAGUUGCUCUAGAACUUCCUUCUCCAUCUGGACAUGGAGGCAGGAGUGGUGUGCUAAACCUAGGACCAGGAUAUCUCUCGUUUUCCCAACCUCAUCAUGAGCCCAUUUGCCCUCUAGCCCCUGGAUGGGGUUGGGGGCGUAGGGUGAGGGCUAUCCCUGAGUGGCAUGCCCAUACCCAGUGAGGCAGGGUGUGGCCCGGAGCUCUCACUUUCCCUCAGUCACCAAACUGCUGCUGGUCUGGUGGGAAUGGGUGGUGAUGUGGGGGUGGGGAGCUUAGUGUCAGCGCGGGGAGGGUGGGGGGUAUUUAUCUAUUUAUACAUGGGAUUGUACAUAGUCUUGUGGGGUAUGGGGGAGCCGGCUGGAGGUGAGAACCCUCCCCUCUCCCCCUACCCCCGGGGAGAGCAAAUGUAAAACUACUAAUUUUUGUGCUUUAUAUAUUCUAUAUAAAUAUAUCUAUUUUCUUUUUACAAAACCAGUUUAUAAAUGGUAGGGGGGUGUGGGGCGGACACAUGGAGCUCCCCUUGUGGGGGAGCCCCCUCCACUACCCAACCUACCGCCCUUUCCUCACCCCCCUCCCCACCCUCUGGCUGUGACUGCUGUAAGGUGGGGGUAUAGAGAGAGGCUGGGUGAUUUCCAACCCAGUUGUAUAGUUGGACUAUGUUAUAACGCACAAAAGUGAGCUGGCCCCAGGGGGAGCCAGAGGGUGAUGGGUUCCCUGCCUCCUUUUCCUUCCCCUUUCUGCCCAAGCUUGUGCUGCAGUUGAACCUCUUCAUGGGGGUGGGGUAGGUAGAGGGGUGGGUGAGGCCCCCGACCCUUUCUGGUAGGGAGCCGUGGGGAUGAAGAUGAAGCUUAUAUGCAGUUCUCUCCUAGGGGCUGUUGGGCACAGGGCAUUUUGUAAUUAAUAUUUUCAAGAAUCAGAUAUCUGGAUUGUAGAGAUGGGCUUGAUGGUGGCAAAUGGGCAGGCCUGCUGGAGGGGAGCACGGUUGCUGUUGUGAUUUUAGGUUUGUUUUUGUUUUGUUUUGAAUUUGGGGGAUUGUGGAUUGAUGGGGGUAGGGAGAUUUCUUUUUUUCUUUUCUUUUUUUUUUUUUUUUUAAGCUGCUUCCUCAACUGUUUCAAGCUGCAAAUGUUAAAGAAAAUAACACACAUCCCCACUUCAACAGAACCAUUGUAAUUAGAUCAGACAGUGGGACGACUGGGCUGCUGCCCCCAAAGCCACAGAGCAGAAAGGUCUAGACAAAUGGUGGGGAGAGAUUGGCUCCUUGAGUCAGGCUCUGGUUGGGGCUUGGGGCCUGGGAUUGGGAAAAGGAGAUGGGGCAGACUUUGUAAGCAUAUGCUAGGUAUCUGGUAGUCCUGUAGAAUUUAGUGAAGAAACCUUAUACAGUUUUUAAUUUUUAUAUAAACUAUAACUCAGACCCAAGCUACCCGGUUGGAAUUUUGGUUGUUGGUUUUUUUUUUUUGUUUUUUUUGUUUUUUGUUUUUUUUUUAAAGUACCCCGCCUGUAUAAUUGCAUCAGAAUCCCCCACCCCCCACCCCUGUGUUUGUAUUUUGGGUUGGUUUACACUUGCACAUACUCAAUUUUCAGUUUCCCCCUUUACCUUCUUCUACCCUCACCUCCAGGACCCUCCCCCUUUUUAAAAAAAUAAAUCGCUGACAAGUGUGAAUCCCGUGAACUUUAUUUUGUGUUGUGUGUAUCCUGUACAGCAAGGUUGGUCCUUCGUAACAACAGAUGAAAUGGUUCCCUUUUUUAAAGCGCUCUCUCUCCCUCCACCCCCAGCGCCCCUGUCCUUGGCAUGUUUUGUAUCAGCGAUCAUUCUGAACUGUACAUAAUUUAUGUUGCGAGAGGCAAAGGGCAAGUUUUGGAAUUUGCUUCCUCAAAGUUUGUUUUUAAACGACAAAUAAAAAAAGAACAUUUUAAAUA